AUGAUCAGCUUUCGGCAGCAAUCAUCAACCAUCGGCUGGCAAUGGUCGUCAGAGAUGAUCAGAUUGACUAGCAGGCCAAUUCGAACUUCAUUGUUGGCCGACUCUAGACAAUUGCGUCAUAUCCAACAAGUGGCGCGAACAGGUGUAUCUCAUACUCCGAAAUCUUCAAGAAACAGCUCUUCGAUCAGGAGAGUCGUCUGUCGAUCGCAAAAAGGACAACCAGCUCAUAGCUGGAACCAACCAUUCUCAUCUCCCGGCCACCUACUCCCACGUCGAGUCACAUACAGCACUGCAUCCACUAUACCUACUGAGCCUGUGAUUCACGAUGUCUUUGAACCCACAUCUGGAACAUGGCAGUAUCUCAUCGUUGAUCCGUCAACAUCAAAAGCUGCCAUCAUCGACCCGGUCUUGAACUAUGAUCCCGUCACUCAGGCUGUGACCACCCAAACAGCCGACUCCUUGCUCUCUCUUAUCAAGGAAAAGGGCUACACCAUCGAUAAAAUUCUUGAAACGCACGCUCAUGCAGAUCAUUUAAGUGCAGCAUCUUAUCUCCAAAAACGUCUUGCCCAACAUCAAGAUCAUAAGCCGCCCAUCUGCAUUGGCAAGCGCAUUGAACAAGUGCAAAAAUUGUUCGCCGAGCGAUAUGGUGUUCCACCAAAGGAAUAUCAAGCCAUCUUUGACAACCUUUUGGAGGACAAUGAGAUCUUUACUAUUGGGAACCUGAAAGCAAAGGCUAUUCAUCUACCUGGUCACACUCCGGAUCACCUUGGCUACAUGAUUGGAGAUAAUGUAUUCUGUGGUGAUUCUCUUUUCCAUGUUGAUAUCGGCACUGCACGCUGUGACUUCCCCGGUGGCGAUGCCAACGACCUCUUUCAGUCAGGUCGCAAGCUUCUGAGCCUCCCUGAGCACUUCAAGAUCUGGACAGGUCAUGAUUAUCCGCCAGAGGGAGGCAGGGACCCCAUGCCUUGGGUGAGCGUCCAAGAUCACAAAAAGCUGAAUAAACACCUCAAAGACGGUAUCAGCGAAGAAGAGUUUGUGUCUUUACGAAAGGAACGUGAUGCAGGAUUGGCAGCGCCCAAGUUGCUCCACCAAUCUUUGCAGGUCAAUAUCCGAGCUGGGCGACUUCCUUCACCAACGAAGUUUGGUUAUCGAUUGCUUCACGUUCCAUUGAAGCUCACAGGGGAAGCAUGGUAA